AUGGAGAAUUUUAAGAGAGAUAUAGAGAGAGAAAGGGAUUGUUUUUAGAGAGAGAAAAAGAGAGAGAGGGAGAGCAAUACAUUCAGAGAGAAGAAUAGGAAGGUGGAGGAGGAUUGCGUGUUGUGUCGCAGAUUCCUCCUCCAUUAGUUGAUUUUGGUUUUGUUUUGUUGAAGAAGGGUUUGGAUAAGUGUUGUGAGAUCCAGAGAGAAGGGAGAAUUUAGGGCUACGAUUUAAUCAAGCAUAAUGAAUGUGAUGCGUCGUUUGAAGAGUAUCGCCUCUGGUCGUACUUCUGUUUCGGAUACCUUGGUGGUUUUGUAGGGUGGAGAUCCCAACUUUAAAAGGGUGAAGGGUGAGUCAGAUUUUGGGAGUUUAGAGCAGCCUGGGAGUGCUAGAUCUGUAAAGAUGUCUGCCAGCGCAUCAUUUGCUAGACCUGGAAAGUCUGACUAUGACAAGCUCCCAAAAGAAAUGAAUGGAAUGAAAAUUAUGGAAGAUAAUGCUGAUGACAAGGAUUUCGAGGCGACUCUUGUAAAUGGUAAUGGUACUGAAACAGGUCAAAUCAUUGUCACUUCAAUUGGUGGUCGAAAUGGAAAACCAAAACAGACUUUGUCUUACAUAGCGGAGAGGGUUGUGGGUACCGGUUCAUUUGGUGUGGUCUUUCAAGCCAAAUGUCUUGAAACAGGGGAAGCUGUUGCUAUAAAGAAAGUGCUACAGGAUAAAAGAUACAAGAACAGAGAGCUACAAAUCAUGCGUUUAUUGGAACAUCCAAACGUUGUUCCACUGAAAAAUUGUUUCUAUUCAACAACCGACAAAAAUGAAGUGUAUUUGAAUGUUGUAUUGGAAUAUGUACCUGAAACAGUCUACAGGAUGUCAAGGCAUUAUGUUAGGAUGAAUCAACACAUGCCCAUGUUGUAUGUACAAUUGUACACAUAUCAGAUCUGUCGUUCGCUUAACUACAUUCAUAAUGUGAUUGGUGUAUGCCAUCGUGAUAUUAAGCCACAAAACUUAUUGGUUAAUCCACAAACUCAUCAGCUGAAACUAUGUGAUUUCGGGAGUGCAAAAAUGUUGGUACCUGGUGAACCAAAUAUUUCAUACAUUUGCUCAAGAUAUUACAGGGCUCCAGAAUUGAUCUUUGGAGCAACAGAAUACACAAAUGCAAUUGACAUGUGGUCUGCUGGUUGUGUUUUGGCUGAGCUGCUCCUUGGACAGCCUCUUUUCCCUGGUGAAAGUGGUGUGGAUCAGCUGGUGGAGAUAAUCAAGAUUUUGGGAACCCCAACACGUGAGGAAAUCAAGUGUAUGAAUCCUCACUACACCGAGUUUAAAUUCCCACAAAUCAAGGCUCAUCCAUGGCAUAAGAUAUUUUACAAGCGCAUGCCAUCCGAAGCAGUCGAUCUUGUCUCUCGCCUGCUACAAUACUCACCAAAGCUGCGUUGUACAGCUUUGGAGGCGUGCACUCACCCGUUCUUUGACAACUUAAGGGAUCCGACCACGACUCUACCAAAUGGCGAUCCUCUCCCUCCCCUUUUUAACUUCACACCACAAGAACUUGCUCACGCAUCACCCGAACUACUUCAACGGUUGAUACCCGAACAUGCACAUGCUAGAAAAUAAAAAUGUGAUAAAAGGCGUUCCAAAAAAAAAUUGGGUUUUUGAAUACAUACUAAUUGCCCAUAAAAAAAAAACAUAGUCAUUAAUUAAUUAUACUUUUCUCUUUCUGUCUUUUGCUGCUACACUACAACACAAUAUCUAAUCAAGUUAUCGGCCUCGAUCAAAGGGUGCAAAUGGAGGUCAGAUCAGGUCGGAUCUGGUUCAUAUAAAUAUAUUUAUAUAUGACUCUUAACAACAACGAUAUGGUGUAGCUAAAGUUCGAUUCAUGAUGGGUUGGUUGCUUACAACAUGAAGAAUUUAUUUCUAAUCAAUUCAUUUUUUUAUUUCUUAGUUUCAUUAUCUUAUGUUAUGUUAUGUGUGCUCCUUCAUCCUUGUGCUCAUGCUAAUGGUUAUAUAGUAAUUAUUCUUGAGACUGCACAAACAUGCAAAUAAAUCUUAUAACAUUGGAUUUUUUCCUUUCUGUUCA